CGCCUCUUCCUUUACCUUCCAUUCCUCACUUAACAACUAUACAUCCAUCCACCCCUCCUCUCAUCCUCUUCACCCUUUAGCCUCUCUCUUCUUUAUCACCAUGUCUACUGUUUCGCGUGAAGACUCUGUCUACCUUGCCAAGCUUGCUGAGCAGGCUGAGCGGUACGAGGAGAUGGUCGAGAACAUGAAGGCCGUCGCCUCGUCCGACAAGGAGCUGACCGUUGAGGAGCGCAACCUCCUCUCGGUCGCCUACAAGAACGUCAUCGGCGCUCGCCGUGCCUCGUGGCGCAUCGUUUCCUCCAUCGAGCAGAAGGAGGAGUCGAAGGGCAACUCGGCCCAGGUCGCCAUGAUCAAGAGCUACCGGGAGAAGAUCGAGGCUGAGCUCGCCAAGAUCUGCAAGGACAUUCUCGACGUCCUCGAGAAGCACCUCAUCCCCUCGGCCGCCUCGGGCGAGUCCAAGGUCUUCUACCACAAGAUGAUGGGUGACUACCACCGUUACCUCGCCGAGUUCGCCACCGGUGACAAGAGGAAGGACUCUGCCGACAAGUCCCUUGAGGCCUACAAGGCCGCUUCGGACGUUGCCGUCACCGAGCUCCCCCCUACCCACCCCAUCCGCCUUGGUCUCGCGCUCAACUUCUCGGUCUUCUACUACGAGAUCCUCAACAGCCCAGACCGCGCUUGCCACCUCGCCAAGCAGGCCUUCGACGACGCCAUCGCCGAGCUCGACACCCUCUCGGAGGAGUCCUACAAGGACUCGACCCUCAUCAUGCAGCUCCUCCGUGACAACCUCACCCUCUGGACUUCGGACAUGCAGGACAACGCUGAGGACCCCAAGAAGGAGGACGAGACCAAGGAGGAGCCCGCUGCGGCCUAAACGAGAGAGCAUCGACGAGACCCAGCAACCAGCAUCCCUUGGGACAACCUCGAUCCCCCAUUGGUUUCCCCUCCGCAUUUGUCUCAAGUGGCUCAGUCGCCGUCCCGUUACCCCGUGGUGUUUUCUUAUUUCGUCGUUCCCCCUCUCCUUCCCCUCAGUCGCUGCAGCCCAAUGAAUACUAUUUCAGAGAGCGCAUGGGCUCGCGCCCAUCUAACUUAAUGAACUCUAGUCGUUAGGAGAGCUGCUGAGGUGAUAAUGCCACUGUUAAGAACAAA